AUGUCCCCAUACCGGCUUGUAUUUGGGAAAAUGUGCCAUCUACCUGUGGGGGUGGAACAUCAAGCCUACUGGGCAGUGAAGAAAAUUAAUAUGAAUACCGAGGCUGGAGCUGCAGAGAGGAGAAUGCAGCUACAAGAGCUUGAAGAACUCUGUCUGGACGCCUAUGACUCUGCCAUGUGGUACAAGGAAAAGACUAAGAUGUGGCACGAUAAGAACCUUCGCAAGAAGGAACUCAAGGUGGGUCAAAAGGUACUGCUAUUCCAAUCCAGACUGAAAUUGAUGCCAGGAAACCUUAGGUUAAGGUGGAUAGGCCAUUACACCAUUGUCGCCAUCCGAACGAAUGGAGCAAUCGAACUCCAAGGAAGAGAUCCAGAUUCGCCUACCUUCAUGGUGAAUGGUCACAAGGUAAAACCGUACAGAGAAGGAAUGGAGGCAUUCGUGGUGGACGACCUUCCACUACUCAUGCCUAACUCUUGCCAGUAA